AUGUCCGUUGCACUCGACGCUAGUGUGGCAAGAUAUUGCACUCACGGUUUUCUCUUGAAGAUUUCCGUCUCCUGUCCCACCUCUCCGCAAGGUGACGUGGAGCAGGUUGAUGACGGAGUUUGGCCAACUUGUUUCGAAUUGGCUAAAAAAGGAGAAAUCUUAUGCCGUGAGCAUAAGUUCUAUGAUGCCAUUGCAAUCCUGUUGAAGGCACUGGCGUUGAAUACUGAAGAUUGCACGAUUUUGUUCCCGACUUACAGUUGGGACAGUCAUACUACUCAGUCAGAGAUUUGCGAGAUGCUUUCAGGCACCAGUGCUGCGACGUUGCGGACUUCGUUUUCAAAUCGUUUCAUCCGAAUUCGUGUUGAGCGAUUUCGUCAAACGCACACCAGGCCACCGUGUAACAACCAAUCAGCAAAUGUCGAGUGGCGAAAUAGUCGACUUCCUUUUGUGUUGUUGGUGAAGCUCUAUUUGGUUGCGCUCAUUAGGCUUUAUCCUAGCGAAAUAAAUCCAAGUGAUGCCAAUAAACGGCUUGACUUCCUCCCACCAGAGAAUGGUUGGCUUGCCGAGGUUUUAUUAGCAAUAGAAGACACAGUCGCCUUUUAUCUCCAGUGCGAUGCUUUGCUUGCGCAUUUAGGAGAAAAUAUAUUGUCAGAAUCGAGUUUAAAAGAGGCCUGA